CAUGACGGACAGUGAGAAGCGUCCUCAAGCUAAGAGCCUGACCCGGUUCGUGGACAGCGUCGCCCCCUUCAGGCUGUAUGAUGAACAGCAGGAAGGCGCUUCAGUGCAGGAGCUGAGACAGAACGCCCCGUGGAAAAUAUCUGACAAAGAGUUUGAGGUGUUCAGGCUUAAGUCUGAGAGGAAGAUCCGGCUGAAUGAAAUCAUCCGCAAGAACUCACAACACACUGCUCUGGUGCUCGUGAGCCUCCCUGUGCCGCACAGAGACUGCCCCAGCGCUCUGUACAUGGCCUGGCUGGACACGCUGACCUGCGGCCUUCACUGUCCCGCCGUGCUCAUCAGAGGAAACCAGCAGAACGUCCUGACUUUCUACUGCCAGUAAACCCUGAGGAGUUCUGAAGGAACUAGAACAAAACUGACAUCCUGAGAACAACCAGAGAGACGAAAGCAGCAGCUGCAUGACC